AUGGCCCGCUCGCUGCGGGGCGACCUCGUCGAGCGGCGCGCCGAGUGGAUGCGGCUCGGCGUGCCUGCCCUUAUGUACACGGCGCAAAACUUCUUGCUCUUUGUGGGGGCGGCCAACCUCGACGCCUCGGCGCAGCAGCUCGCCUACCAGACCAAGAUCCUCUUCACGGCCCUCUUCGCACGCACGCUGCUCGGCACGCGGCUCGGCUCGGCGCAGUGGCUGUCGAUGCUCCUCCUCGUGCUCGGCGUGCUGAACAUACAGCUCGCCCUCUUCUCGGCGCUGAUCGCCCUCGCCGCGCUGUUCGCCUCGGGCGAGCUGCUUGGGAGGAGGCGGCGGCUGCUGCACGGCUUCACCGCGAUGACGUGGGCCGUGGUGCUCAUGCAGUCGGCGGGCGGCAUCGUCGUCGCCGUCACCAUCAAGGUGUCUGUCAUCCUCGGCGCGUUGGGGUCGCACGUGCUCUUUGGUCUGCAGCUCACCUCGACCUACCUGCUCGGCAUCUUCCUCGUCCUCACCGCCAUGGCAGCGUGCCUAUCGGCGUGGGGGUCGCUUUCGCGCGUCUGUGGCCGUUGUACGGGCUGCGAGCGCAGCGACGAGGAGGCGGCGCUGCUGCGACGAGGAAAGGCGCCCAGCCCGCUAGAGGCCCCGGCGGCGGAGAAUGGCCAAGAGCGAGACAAAGCGUGA